AUGGUCAACAUCAUCCAGCCGAAAGUCGAUCCCCUACCUACGGGCAUUGACCUGACGGGUAAAACUGUCGUCAUUACCGGUGCCAGCGCCGGAAUGGGUCUGGAAGCCACCAAACAGCUCCUGCGAUUGCGCGCCUCGACCGUGAUUCUUGCCGUGCGCAAUGUCGCCAAGGGCGAGGCCUGCGCAACUUCCCUCCGCCAGGACCGUCGCAUUCAAACCCACAACCCCAAGCCGACCAUCAAGGUCAUGGCACUUGAUGUGGACGAUUAUAACAGUGUACAACGGUUCUCGAAGCAGCUCCGCGAAGAGAUUCCGGUGGUCCAUAUCCUCAUUCUCAAUGCGGGUAUCGGUCUGCUCAAGCUGGAACGCAGCGCAAGUGGCCAUGACCGAACUACUCAAGUCAAUUACUACUCCAAUGUGUUGUUGAUCGCUGAGCUCCUGCCGCAUCUCCAAGCAGGCGCGGAGAAGACCGGCUCUCCGGCACGCAUUAGCUGGGUUGGAAGUCGCGCACACGAGGUCACCAGCUUGGAGAAGAAAGCUCCUAUCAAGCCCGGUGAAGGUGUUCUUGCGCAUAUGGACAAAGAAGAAGCCUUUGUCCCGUUCCAGCGCUAUGGGGAUUCGAAGCUACUUUGCGUGAUGUUCAUGUACAGUCUGGCGCCGCGACUGGAUCCCAAGAAAGUCAUCAUCAACAUGAUGUGUCCGGGCAUGGUGAACACCAACAUGAGCGAUGUUCUCCCCAUGCACCUGCGCUUGAUUGUGAAUGUUGUCAAGUCAUUCCGUGCCAGGCCUGUUGAGGUGGGUGGCUGGAUCAUCCUGAAUAGUGCGCUGGUGGUAGGCCCUGAGUCUCAUGGCAAAUUCUUGAAUGACAAGACCAUCUCUGAUAAAUCGGCGUUCAUCAAAUCACCGGCGGGCCAGGAGAUUCAGAAGAAACUGUGGGAGGAGACAAUUGCCGAGAUCGGCACAUUGACCACCCUUCCUGCCGAGUUCAAAUAG